AACUAUGCACCUCUUGUCCAUAUUGUGCCGAUACCCCAGUCCGACUCAUUUUGGAGACGGAACGGAAACAGCGUGAGGUUACUGGCGUCUUCUACAAAGUCUUGCAACUCACAUUUCUUCGUUCCAAAAACAUCCAGUACAGAAAAGAUGUUGAGAUGCGCUACAGCACAGGUAAUGAGACAGCUGGUCAGACACAGCACCACAGACGCCAGUCUCAUCCUGGAAAGAUCGAUUAACCGCGUGCAGCUUUUGGGCCGCGUGGGUCAGGACCCAGUCAUGAGGCAGGUGGACGGACGCAACCCCGUCACCAUCUUCUCCAUGGCGACCAACGAGAUGUGGCGCUCCGGCGAGGGAGAGACGACCCCCACAGGUGACGUCAGUCAGAAGACAACAUGGCACCGCGUGUCGGUGUUCAAGCCUGGCCUCAGAGACGUGGCCUACCAGUACGUCAAGAAAGGGUCCAGAGUCCUGGUGGAAGGGAAGCUGGAUUACGGAGAGUAUGUGGACAAGAACAGCGUCAGACGCCAAGCCACCACCAUCAUCGCAGACAAUAUUAUCUUCUUGAGUGACAACGUUCGAGAUCGAGUCUGAAGGGCGCUCUGCACUGCCACCGUCUGCAAGUCAGAAGAUGCUUUUGUACUGCCGCCGUCUGCAAGUCGGAAGAUGCUUUUGUACGACCACUCUACAAUAGUUACAAAGUUGGGAGUUGCAUAAUCCACUCGAGGGGGACCGAAUAUGUCGUGACACCAUGGCCUCUUUAAGAGGUGACCCGAAAAGAGACAUCCAAAAUGCAUCUCUGCAUUAAAGAAACGUGUGAACACAUGCCCUGUUUAUGUAACAAAUUAGUUAUGCUCUUCAUCUAUUCUGUAGUAUCUACACUUGUUGUUCUUUUUACUCAUUGGAGUAUUGUGUUUAAUGUAUAACCAGGGGACUUUUUGGAGUCCCACACAAGAAAUCACUGUUGGUCACUGUUGUUGAUGAUGUAAAUGAAGCUUGCCCAACUCUCUAUUUCCUUCUUCACCUAUUUCCUGCUUCAUGUCAACUUCCCCCUAAUCUUUGUUUGCCUACGAUGGAUUGUCAUGUACGAUGGUUCCGCUGACGUUUCUUUCCCAGAGCCCCUAACAUUCUAUUCUCCUGCCCCUAACCUCACACACCAUCAGUGUCUCAAUAUUCUGUUGAGGUGGGAUGUCUUGAAUGAUAUUGCUUUCAUUUCUCGAAGUUCUAUUCACUGAAAUCUCCAGGACUGUUAUUUGUGAUUGAACGUUAUUAACAUGUAGUUUAGUUUCCUUGUAUGCAUCAUUUUGAUAAUAUAUUUUUUUUCCCAAAAUGUGUAUUUAAUAACAAAAUAUUUCGAGGAGAAUGCUAACAA